AUGGAUGAUACGGAUGAACAAUUACCACCUUCCUCUCCAUUCAUGGAACCCCAAACAAAGAAGAUGAAGAAAUUUGUUUCAAUGGAAAGUCCCGAAUUUUUAAAGCUUCAACCAAGUAUAUCCCAACACAAUGAAACAGCAUUCAUCUUUGCAACGGAAGAACAACAAGGUAUUUUUGAGAGCCUAAUCACUAUUGAGAGGGAUCCUUUCAUCAUCACCAAUGAACAGAUGCACGAACAAAUUGCCACUGGGUUACGAGAACAGCACAGCAUGAUAUCUAACGAAGAGCUUGACUGUGCCUGGUGGUCCUACCAGUCCGUUGUUUUUGAGAUCAAUAAGAUACUUUGUCAAAGCGAGGAUGAAGCUGUUGCUUCGAUAACUACGAGUCUCAAUAGCUUGAAACGUCAUAGAAUCCACACACCAUAUGAUUUAUUUUUGAUAUCCCAGAAAUCUCUACCUCCCAAUGCAUGGGAAUCUACAUUCAUGCGAAUGGUCAAUCAUUUGUUGGACUAUCAAUUUAAAUUUAGAAAAAACAUUAUUUUCCGAACACAAGAAGUGGUUCAACCUGUUGAGCGUUCAAAGGUGGAAGGAACAAAGUUAGAAACAAAGUUGUGUUCUGUCUCUUUUGCUCAAUUAGAGAAUGCGAUGGGAGCAUCUUCAUUGGUGUUUUUGAAAUGUGAAGGACAGAGAGCAGAGAAUUUGAAACAUAAAGACCAUUUUGAGUUAACAACAAUGGACGGUAUUGCUACGUUUACAACUUUUAUUGAGAUCAUGUGUGAGCAUGUAUAUGAAUGCAAACAACAACUAGCAAAAGAAGUUAAAGGAGAGAAGGUUUCUUCAUCUAGUACAUUACCAAUCCGAUCCAAGCCUCUUUCACUUGAAGGCACGUUAAAAAGCAUGAACAUGGGAUUUGGAAGAAAUCGUCCUGUCUACAAUCCAAUUGAAGAUGUAUUUGAUUCCAUAGAUGAAGGAGUGACAAGCCUUGUAGAGACCCUCUCUCCUCUCUUUAAGGUAAAUGUUGAGGUACAACACACAUCUGUACCCAAUGAUUGCAUCUCUGUGUUUGCUUUCAAGAAAGGUGAUCCAUUUGUUUGGAUCAAGUCACUGAGAGAACCAUCUUGCUUUGUUGGGGUGUUUUAUUGGGGUGAUGAAAACUUUUUUUUUAAAGCGUAUGCUUGCCCACUCUCCGUGAAAUCAAAUCAAGAACGUUUGUUGAGAAAAGUCCUGAAUGACCAUCGCAGUGACGACCCCAAGAGUCGAAGAGAACUCAAAAAAGAAGGGUCCAACAAUAAUUUCCAGCCUCAAAACCAAUCAGCCUCGUCUCUUGACGUUUUCAACAAAUUCGCUGAAAAUCCAAUGAACGAAGCAGCGUGUGCAGUGGAAUUGGAGCAAAUACUGUCCUUGUCCAACUUUAAAUUCAGUCCGGAGUCAAUGAGGUGUGAACGGUCGUGUGUGGGCUUUUAUGGUCAUGCAUUGUCAAGGUUUCAUAACACCUCUGUAUUCGUCAAAAUAACUGCAUUCAGAGAAGAAAAUGAGAAAGUCAUGAAGAAGAUGGUCCAUCUCCAAAUUUCCAAGUCGAUUUAUACCUUCCCAAAUGUGGUCAGAAUUUAUGAUUUUCAACAAAUUCAAUCCAAUGAAAAAUUGGUAAGGGUAGUUUAUAAUUUAAUGAAACAGCACAAUAGUGGAGAGUACGAACUGAAGAAACUUGUACGGUCCACUCAACCUAUUAGCAUUACAAUUCAAGAACAGUUAAUGUCGUUGGAUGAUGUGAUGAAUAAGAAUUCUAUUCGGGAAUGGGUUGGAAAAAAUUCCAAAUUGUUUUUUAUGAAUCUCGUGAAGCAAUGUUUCGACAUUUUGUUUCAGUUGGAUGCUUUGAAUACAGAUAUUUCUCUUGGAAAUUUAAUGAUUCGAUUUGAUCAAGAUGGAUGGAAACGAGCUGUCAACAAAGAGGAAAAGAUGGCCUGUUUCAUCCUUGUUGUUAUCGAUUUCAACUCCUCAUUGUUAUUGAGAGAACGUGACGUUAAUUCCAUUCAAUCCUCUGAAAAUAUGUAUCGAGAAGUUAUUCUCGAUCAAUCUGUGGAUUAUGUUUAUAAAUAUCCAUAUUCUGAUCCCAGUUUUGAAAUGAAAGAAGUUGAUAUUUAUUCAAUGGCUGUGGUCAUUGUGAAUUAUUUAUACCACAUUACAUAUGGAAAAUCAUUUAAAUCAAAAGUGAAAGAACAUUUAGAGUCAUGUGAACAAUAUCGAAUUGAAAUGAUAGAUUUUUUAAUCGAACUCAACCACCUGCUUGAUCCAGAUUGUGUCAAGCUCGUUGAAUUAUUGAAAUACAUGUUGGGAACAACUGAAGAAAGGCCAUCAUUGGAAAAUAUUAAGGCCACGCUUCAAAAGAUGGAAUUCCUUGGUUUUAACAACUUCGAAACACCAUGA